CUUCAUUUAUCAACAAGACAUAUGAACCAUGACCUGCAGGUGGUUCAAAGAAACUCCAGUGAAUCUAAUUUUCUCGAGAGUGUUUUCUCGAAGGCUUCAGUUGUUACUCACCACACCCGUCAGCAGCCGGCACCCUUGCAUAUGGGAGGUUUCAGAACCCUAAUAACUUCGUCAUCGACUUCGGUUUCACAUUGUACUGCUCUCUCAAGAUGUUUCGCAAGCUUCGGCCCUUAGACGGUAAAAUUUCAUCCGCCUUCGGCCUCAAGAAUAAGAAAAGUCAACAAUCCUUCAAAUCCACUCAGUCGCGACAUUCGGCCCAGGAAGAAAAUCAGCAGAUGAUUCCCGACGGCACGCAUAAUCAAGAACAGCCGGUCAGCCCCAAGCAUCUUGAUACCACUCCCCCGAGUAAAGAUACGAUUGGGAGAAGAUUGCAACCAGACAUAUCACGCGAAGGUCAGAAUGAUGCUUCUGCGGGCUCGCUGGCAUCUCGAUAUCACCGUGCAAUGAAGGAAGACGUUCAGUCAGCCUUAAAUCUUGCGAAAGAGAUCGGAGAAGAAACACCCUUGAAGACAGCGGGAAAAGGCUCAUCGACUUCAAGCAGCGAAUCUGAUUUUGAUUGGAAUGAGACCGAUGAAUCAGAACUCGACGAAUCCGAAAGGCAAGAGCGAAAACAGCGAAAACUCCGCCAGGCUCAAGAACUGGAGCAGAGCAUCCAUCACGCCAAGCGUCUUCGGAGGUUAUAUCUCUUUCUUAUGAAGUUUUCAACCCCAGUCAGGACCACGAUUAUAGGCGUUUUGGGAAGCGGUAUUGCCAUCACGCCAGCGAUUCUCGUAUGGCUGAAAUUUACCCAGUUGUCAACCAGAGAGCAUGUUCUAGCGUGGUCACUUUGGCUUAGCAUUAGCUUUGCUACUUCUUGUGCAACAUCUAUAAUUGUUGAUAUCCUACCUGCUAUUGCGAUCAAAUUAUUUGAGCUGCUGUAUGGUGCGAAGCCCGAAAAGUUGAAGACCCAAAUCGAACUCUGGAUGAACGUCAGGUAUUGGACCAAAGUGGCUCUGGGCUUAACUUGUUAUUGGGUGGUCUUAUCACUAAUACUUUCCCGCAUGUUUCGCUUUUACAAAGACCCGCAUUUGGCGUAUUUUGAUUGGGUGAUGAAGGUUACCGCAGGGCUGUUUACAGCAGGUGUAGUUUUGCUCUUCGAAAAAAUUCUCCUACAGGUGAUUCAGUUGAAUUUCCAUCGUACCAGCUUGAAAGACAGGCUAGAAGAAAAUGAACGCGCACUUUGGGCUUUGGACCGAUUGGCUGCUGCCAAAGGAGUCUCGCAUUCUCCUAAGAAACGAAACUCGAAAUUUCUAACCAGUUUAACUCAUCAUCGCACGAAGAGUGGACGGCAGACGCCCGGCAACAAGGAUUCUACAAUUGUUGAUGUGCCGUCUACCCCAAAGACUCCGAACAUGGAUUCUUCUGCAGACAAGCGAACAGCUGAGACCAGCACCUCGGGUGGGAUAUCAUCCACGCAACAUAAGAGAAAUAAAUCUUCAAAUCUCUUGACGGUCACCGAUCACUUAACUUCAGCCAUUAAUUCAGCUUUGAAACACGGAACCAAGGGCGCCAGAGGUGGGAUGAUUUCAUCCACACACUCCGCCAAAAAGCUGGCCAAGAAGCUCUUUGAAGGUUUGGACGAAGACCGCGGAGGCGUCAUCACGCGGAACGAAUUCGAGCCAUAUUUUAAAACCGCUAGCGAUGCCGCAAUGGCCUUCAAACUUUUCGACAAAGAUGGCAAUGGUGACAUCGAUCGCAAGGAAAUGCGUAAUGCCGUGGUUAGGAUCUACCGGGAGAGGAUGUCUUUAGCCAUUGGUUUGAAGGAUAUGUCUUCGGCAGUCGCAAAAUUAGACGCGGUUUUGAUCUCAAUAGCCUCGAUGCUCACGAUUUUCAUAUGGUUAUUCAUUUUCAAUUCCAAAGGGACAUCCUCUCAGCUGGUACCGAUGGCUACAAUUAUUCUUGGAUUUUCCUUCAUAUUUGGGAACGCAGCCAAAAACUUAUUUGAGAGCAUGCUAUUCAUUUUUAGUAUCCAUCCAUAUGAUGUUGGCGAUUUGGUUGCAAUAGAUGAUGUUCACAUGUUUGUCACGGAGUUUGGGCUUUUUUCAACAACCUUUCAGCGAGUGGACGGCCAAGUGGUAGUGGCUCCUAACUCGCUUCUUAUCAGUAAAAAGCAUAUCCUCAAUAUUCGUAGAAGUGGUCCGAUGUGGGAAACGACCGAGGUCAUGGUCGGCUUUGAUACUCCUUUGGAAGUCCUGCACGAAUUUCGGGCCCGAUUGAGGCAAUAUGUUAUGGAUAAUCCUCGAGAGUGGAAGGGAGGGCUGGACGUCAACAUCGAGUUUAUCAAUAAUCAAAACCUGAUACAAUUAAUCAUUGCAAUGGAGCAUAAAUCAAAUUGGCAAGAUUGGGGCGCUCGAUGGGAUCGUCGUACAUUACUGAUGAAGGAAAUGAAGCGCAUUAUGGAUAGCUUGAACAUAACCUACAAGCUACCAACCCAACCUAUAUCUCUUCUUCCACAAAAGCCUGGACCUCGCCAGCGCUCUUCAAGGCGCGAAGACACCCCGGUACAGUCCCAACACCCACCCAGCGCAGUGCCCUCACGUGCUUCUUCAACUAAUGCGACCCCCACUCGCACGAACAAUCCCUCGCACGCAUUCCAAAGUGGCCAUCCUUUCACCUCAUUCAGAUUUCCAGCCACUUUGUAACUUCGUUGCUUCUGGUCUUUCAAAUCAGCCCCUCAAUCGCGUAAAUCGAUCCUAUAAUCUUAUUUCUAAUGUUUGGUUCUAUUU